UACUGCAAGUCGCAAGAGCUUAGCAUUCGACUAUUAUUUUACUUAGAGCCGACAAUUGUGCUCGCACGUUCAUGCAGUGCAUAUCGAAAGCUAAUUCUACGCGAGUUUUUAAACUGAAUUUAAUCGGGCAACAAGUGACGGAACAUAAAAUCGUUUGAAUAAAAAUCAAUUCGUUUAUAACUAUCACAAUGUUAUUUUCUCUUCAAGAAGCUGCUCAUUUGUCGGAACUGCCGAUAUCGGACCACUAUAUCAUAUAGCUGCCAUACAAACCGAACGAUCGGAAUCAAGGGCUUGUAUGGAAAACUUCCGCAUUUUACUACAUAUCUUGACGAAAUUUGUUGAAAUUUUGUGUAUUCAAAAGCUGUUCUACAUGGCUUUUGUCGAUUUUGUCAAAUGUUUGGUGUUGAAUAGUAUCCAAUUUUUGACGUCGUGUACGGUUUGCUUCGAGCCUUUUCCUGCUGAAUCAAAAACCCGUUUCUAGAGAAACACUUCCUUUGCACUGCCGAUUUGUAAUUUGGUGUUAUCGAGCUUUUAAUUGCAAUCGCUUUGUAGGAUAUUCUCAAAAAGCACCAUGAAUAUAGAUAUGAAUAUGUCACCUGAAAAUGGGAUGAUGCCGCCAUUGGGAGGUGAUGACUUAAUACCGUUAUAUGCGAGAUUAGAAAAAUUGUCGGGUGACAUCGCCAAAAUGCGUGAAUCCAUUACAGCAUUUCAAAUAGCCCAAUUGGCGAACGACUUUUUUAAUGGCUACCAACAACAACAAUUAAACGGUUUAAUUAUGACUUUGGGUAAUCUACUUCAAGAAUACGGUGUAAUCCAGGGCCAGCUGAUAGAUACAUUGAAAGCGUGGCAACGAAAACAGGCCUUAGCUAUGAAUGGUGCACCGUCCCCUAGCAAUUUGGAUGGUAUACAAUUGAUUGUGGAGACAUUGUUGGACCUCAUCACAGCUUUUAUACAAUUUAUAAAUAAACUCCAACAAAUGGGGAAUGAGGCGAUUCUUAAUGAGUACUUACAAUAUGCACAGUCCUUAUAUCAUAUUCUCAUAGUUUCAACAUUCAUCGUCGAGACGCAACCGCCGCAGGUGAAGAAAAAACUAACAAAAAAAAUUUCGGCAACUGUUCGCUGGUUAAUCGGUGAUAAAUUGGGCAUACAUUUGAGCAAACCAGUUGUAAAAUGUGCAAUACUCUCAGAGGAUUUAGCGAAGCGACUUACUGUUGAAAACAUCCGUAUGCCACCAGAGACCAAUGGCACAAUGACGAACAAUGAAUGUGAAAUGAUAUAUGAUAGCAAUACUAGGAAAUUCUCUGCAACUUUUUCAAAUCUUAUGAUCAGCAACGUUAAACGCUUUGAGAGAAGGGGAACUGAAAAUGUUACAGAUAGAAAACACACUUUGCUCUUUUACACAACUGCUCUAUUUAAUGGUCAUGCGAUUAAUUGCUGGGCAAUAAGUGUACCCUUAGUUGUGUUGGUACACGAUAAUCAAUCAUCAUCGGCCUGGGCCACGAUUAUAUGGGAUAAUGCGUUCUCUGUAAUCGAACGGGAACCAUUCAAAGUUCCAGAGAGGGUACAUUAUAUACAAAUCUUGGAGGCAUUAGAUAUGUAUUUUAGCUACCUUACAGGUUGUUAUUUAACUCAAGAUAAUUUGAAUACUAUUGCCAAUAAACUUAGAUUGAAUGAAACUGGUCAGCUCAACGAUUAUAUUAGUUUUUCGCAAUUCUGUAAAGAUAAGAUGCCGAACUGUGCUUUUUCCUUCUGGGAUUGGUUCUAUGACAUAAAGAAGUUGACCAACAAAUGUCUAAAGCAAGCAUGGUCGGAAGGACAUAUUGUCGGAUUUAUAAGUAAACGUGAAGCCAGUGAUAUAUUGUCUCGUCAAGCCCAUGGCACUUUCUUACUUCGUUUCUCAGAUAGUACCAAAGGUGGCAUAAGUAUUGCUUAUCACGACUAUUCUGGCCAGAUAAUAAUGUUGGAACCAGCAACCAGCGCUGAUUUCCAAAUACGUUCCCUAGCUGAUCGCAUACAGGACUUGACUAUGUUAAAGAUCGUAUAUCCAUCGAUGACGCCUAGCAAUGUAGCGUUCAGUAGUCCUAGAGAAACUGCAAAAAUUGGAGAUGGUUAUGUACGCACUGAAAUAAAAGUGCAAGCUAACACCCCUCAGCCCCCUAAUGAUCCACAAACGUAAGUGGAUUACAUAUUUCCAACAAGUACAUGCUGGCUCUUCAAUAUUUGGAAUUUAACCAAUACAGGCACAUACAUAUAUAUAAUUAAAUAAUAAUUUGCAUUUUACGCGACAUGAAACGCAUAACUUAAUCAAAAAUAAUUGUAUUGAACCACAAUUAUAUGAAAAAUAUUUGUAAUUUAACUAGUUUUUAGGCUUACGUAAUAAUUUUAUACACAUUUUGUUGUCAUUUCAAUAUUUGUAAAUACUAUAUUUUUAUAUCUAUAUUUUUUAUGGUUUUAAAAAUACAUACAUCCAAUCCGUAUGCGUAUUAAAAUUAUAUCGAUUACACUUGUGAAGUAGCUCGUUUUGUAGAUAUAUUACUUUUUUUAUAAACAUUAUUAACUUUAAUAUUUAUGUAUAAUAAAUGUCUAAAAUGUUUUCAAUGGUUUUAACUCACUUUUUAUUAUUUUUUACCUUUCUAACUGAACUGAUUUAGCAGGUUUGGCAUAACGCCGAAGUGUUUUGUUAAAAUCGAAGUUUCUCAUAAUCCGAAGGAAUUAAUUAAUCGCCAAAUUGUUAAUAGAAAUACAGCUUUUGCAUAAUUAUCGAUCGCCACUUCACUGCACAAAUUAGUAUGCACUUUUAUUUACUCAAAACUAUAAUAAAUUCACAAUUUUCACUUAUUUUCAACGCAAGCAUCGGAAACUUACUACGACUGACAGUUGAAAUGGCGGCGGAAACUAGACGACGCGGUCUGACAGGGUUACCAGUUUUUUUUUUUU